AUGUUCACAGCGGCGCCCCGGGAGAUCUUGGUGAGGCACCGGCUGUUGGGCGGCAUGCGGAAGAUUUUGAAGAUGAAGACCCACGAGCAGAUCAUGCACGCGAUCGAAGAAACCUGGAGCAGCAGCGAGAAACCGGACAUGGAGCGAGACCUACAAGGCAUGUUGCCCUUCUACCCUGUGGGUUUGCUGCCUUCGGAGCCCGGCGAUGCAGGCGUGAAGGAGGUGCAGUCAGAGAAGGACUGGAGCGCGCCCAGCCUUCAGUCAGAGAGCCAGCAGGUAGGGGACGCCCAUCGAAAGCAGGAGGUCAGUAAGGAGACCCAAGGCAUCAUCCGCUGCGCCCAGUCGCUGCUGGACAAAGCGCAUGGCGCAGCCAAGCAGAUGGACGGCCAGGAGGCCAAGGCUGCCAUAGGCGUCAUGGCGGCCACGAUGCUGAAGGAGCUGCUGCAGGUGGUGCAAAACUCGGAGGCCCAGGACUGCCUCGAGCAGCUGGAAGCGCUAAACAUCAGGCGAGCCGCCCAGCCCAUGCCGGUAGUUGUAGGGGGCGGUCUCUUCGCGGGUCUCUGCACCCUUCAAGGCGAGCUGGCGCGGCGCCUGCUUCAGGGUGCUUUGCAGGAUAGCCAGAGUGGUCGCGCCGGGCAGGUGCCUGCCGGAGAUGCCUUGCAGCAGCUGGAUCGUGGCUUGUCAUCUCUGCAGGCGGAGGUGGCCAUCCUGAAGCAGAUGGGUGCCGACAGCGCCCGCGUCGGCUUCGAGACCCCACCCCGGCGUCAAGGCGCCAGCGACACCCUCACAGGCAGAGUGCUGGGCUCCCCGCAGCCGCGCUGGCUGCAGGGCCUGGACUACGCCGCGCAGGGCCGAGUGGCGGCCUGCGGCAGCCGGGCCGAGGCGCUGCAAGUCCUCGAGGAGGCAGCGGAACCGGAGUUCUCCGGGCAGGCCCCAGAGGAGCCCAAAGAGGCUUCUUACGAGCAGAUUGCAGCAGCCUUGGCGCUUCUGCAGCAGGCCAAGGACCGGGUGGCGAAGCUGGAGGCGCAACGAAACGACGCGUGGAAGAGGCACCAGGAGGAGGUGGCGGCGCUGAGGGCCAGCCUGGAGAAGCAGCGGCGGGAGAGCUUGCAGCGCCUGCUGCUGCGCUUGGCUCCCCCGGGCUUCAGGAAGCCCUGCCCAGGUUCGCUGGCAAGUCCGGUGCCCACGCCCCGGCGGGCACGCAAGGCUGCCCAGGUGGUGGAGCAAGGCCGGCCCGAGCCGGUGACGCAGGCAGCGAGCUUGGGCGACAGCAGCGGAUGAGGCUUUUGACUUGUGAGGUUUGACUCAGAUGGGCCCAUACGGUUGGGAUGCAAAAGGCUUGAGCGGCAGA